AUUAUAAAUGAUUUGUUUCUGUGGGGAAGAGAAGGGGCGUGGCAGGUUAGCUCUGCAGUUCACCCAUUUAGCAGGGCCGUGACAUCAUCAAGUCACUGAGAGCCCAACUUCAGUUUGCCCACAGCAGGGCUGGGAGACACAAGAUCCUACCCUGGAGCUGAAAUGGGCACCAGGCUCUUCUAUGUGGCCCUUUGUCUUCUGUGGACAGGACAUGGGGAUGCUGGAAUCACUCAGAGCCCAAGACACAAGGUCACAGAGAGAGGAAGGCAGGUGACCUUGAAGUGUCGCCAGACUUGGAACCACAACUAUAUGUACUGGUAUCGACAAGACCUGGGGCACGGGCUGAGGCUGAUCCAUUACUCAGUUGCUGCUGAUAACACAGAGAAAGGAGAAGUCCCUGAUGGCUACGUUGUCUCUAGAUCAAACCCAGAGGAUUUCCCCCUCACUCUGGAGUCAGCUACCAACUCCCAGUCAUCUGUGUACUUCUGUGCCAGCAGUGACUACACAGUGCUGCACAGCUGCCUCCUCUCUGCUCAUAAAGGGCAGUUAGAAACGCUGAGGUUGCCUAUGCUCCCAAGUCUGGGCUCCAUCCCAGGAAGUCUCGGCCCCCAUAGGAGUCAUAGAGCCCUGGCCAGCCUGGGGUCUUUGGCAGGGGCCAUAUGGCCCUUAGUGCUGUGGCUCUGUUCCUACCCCUGUCUCAGACCAUCUGGAGUUUGCCCCAACGCCCUGACCUUGCCGGGUCUUUCUUCUGCAGCUCCCCUUUCCUGCUUGCAGAAUAGAAAAGAUAUUUUGUUGAUAUUCCUAAUUCCCUUCAUAAUUUCAAAGCCAACAUAUUCUUCUCUCCCUUAUGGAAUCAGUGACUUCUUCAUAUAA